CGCUCCCAGGCGUCCGAUUUCGGUCGCCUGGGGCUGCGAUGCAUGCCUGGCGACCGUGUUGCCUGGCAGGGCACGAAGCAAACAGGAAUGUUCGAGCACCACCCCGCGUGCCCCACCUCGCCGCCCGCAGCCGGCGACCGCCGCUCCGACCUCUUCGACCCCGAUUCCCUCCCUGGCCUCUUCCGCUCCGCCGCCACUUCCUCGCCCGGCGCCUCUGCCCCGGCCAUCUCCGCCCUCCACGCAGCGGGCCUCAAGCUCGGCGCCCUCCCCGCCUCCCUGCCGGCCUCCAACGCCCUCAUCUCCGCCUACUCCCACGCCGGCCUCCUCCCAUCCGCGCUCCGCGCCUUCUACCUCCUCCCCUACCCGUCCACCGCCUCCUACACCACCGUCCUCUCCGCGCUCUCCCGCCACGGCCGUCCCCACGAGGCGCUCUCCCUCUUCGCCGCCUCCGCGUCGGCGGUCGCCCCCGACGCGGAGCUCCUCUCCUGCCUCGUCUCAUGCUGCCGCCGCGCGUCAGCCUUCCUCCCCGCGCGCGCGGCGCACGCUUACGGCAUCAAGAACGUGCCCGUGCUGGUCUUCUAUGCCUCGGCAGGUCCGGCGCUGGUCGCCCUCUAUGCGAAGCAAGGGAAGGUCAGCGCUGCCCGGAGAGUGUUUGGUUGCUUGGACGCCGAGGACGUGGUGCCCUGGAAUGCCAUGAUCGGGGGAUUCGCUAGUGCCGGGAGGGAUAUUGAGGCCUGGAAUUGCUUCCGGGGGAUGCGCAUGGGGGGUGUUCGAGGGAAUGCCCGCACAGCUGUGGCAGUGCUGGGUGCUUGUGAUUUGGAGUCCGGCAGGCAAGUCCAUGGGUACAUGCUGAGAAGCCAUGGUGGUGGUUCCAAAACAAUUUUGUGGAAUGCGCUGAUGAGCAUGUAUUCUCGUGUCGGCUCUGUCAACAAUGCGGAGCAGGUGUUCAUGGAGAUUGAACGGAAGAAUGUCAUGUCAUGGAACGUGAUGAUUGGGACAUUUGCGAAGAAAGGGUAUGGAGCAAAGGCUCUUGAGCAUGUGGAUGCCAUGGCGCAGAGUGGGAUGCAGCCAGACUCUGUAACAUUCACAGCUGUUCUAAUGGCAUGCUGCCAUUGUGGCAUGGUCGAUGAAGGGCUUGCACUAUUCCAGCACUUUGUGUCAGUUGCUGGUCUCGUCCCAACUAUGGAGCAGUGCGCCUGUGUUGUGGAUCUGCUUGCACGUGCUGGGAGGUUUGUAGAGGCCUUGGAAUUUGUCGGCCAAAUGCCGAUGAAACCAAAUGCAAUUGUCUGGGGUGCACUUCUGUCUGCAGGUAGGAUGCACCACAAUGUGGAAUCUGCAAGGAUUGCAUUUGAGAAGCUAGUUCAGGUAGAGCCUGAGAAUGCUGGGAAUUUUGUGACUAUGUCAAACAUAUAUGCAAAGGCUGGAAUGGUAGAGGAUGCAAAUAGAGUGAGGAUGAUGAUUGACAGGGUAGAGUUAGUGAAACCUUCUGGACAGAGCUGUGUGGAAAUAGUGUAAUAAGAUUACCGAUGGUCAAUGUUAGUUUGUGAUUGUGACAAACGAAAACCUACGGUUGGCGAUCUGAGAGUCACUUAAAGUGCCUAUACAUUUUUAUGGUAAUUUUGCGUGGCCUCCCACAGUCUGAUAUUCUACUAGCAAUUUUUACUCAAUUUGCCAUUUUCUCUUGCCUUGCCAUGCCAGCAGUGCUCAGCAAUCAGCAAGCUGAUUGAGUAUGAAUGUUACCACUUACCACGACAUAUAUAGUUUGAUAUCCUGAUUGCUUUACAGGAAAGGAAGGCAGAAUAAAGGUUCUUCAGGAUGGAGUCAAUGAAAAAAUGAAGACUCAACUGCCCUGCAGCCUGUGUACAUAAUUCAUCUCCCUGGCAGCCAUCAUCGGCAGAAGUAUUAGUAGUGGAAAAACAUCAAGACAAAGCCUCCACAAGAAGAUGUUUCACCUUCCAAUUAACUAGUAGUUGUAGUUGGUCCACUUGAAAAUCUGCUCAUGUUGGAGUAGUUGUCUUACAGGCAAAGAUUAUAUCACAUGACUACAUGAGCAUUACCAGGCUUUAUCUGAUCCUUCAACAUACAGUGACGGUGGCUAAGAAAGUAUUGAUAGUUAUUAUGUCUUACAUUCCUGCUAGGCCUGGGCCUUUCUAAGUUUAUAUAUUGGAAACAUUAUGUUUGAAGUUGAGAAGAGAUCGUGGCAGUGUAGCAGACAGUUUUACUUCAUGAAUUCUGAUCUGUUGCAAUUUAAAGUAUAUUUUACUC